AUAAAUAUAUACAAUGCAGUAUAAUACAUAAUAAUAAUAUGUAAUAACUAAUAACCAGAUAUAAUGGAGACAGAAUCAUUAUAAUGUAGAGAGAUGCUGUUAAAGGUAAAUUCUGUAUAUGGGGGCAAAAUCCUGUUUUUGUUGUCAUCCUCUUAAUCCAUAAAUGUAUAUUCCGUGUACUAUAUGUCCUUUGCGCAGUUUAUGGAUAAAUAAACAGAAUGGUGCAGUAUUUGUAGGAGCACAAUGCAGGCUGUACAGGGGGAAUUCCACAAGUGUGUAUGAAGUAUGGGAUUAGGAUAAAGGGGAUUUUUUUCACGCUGUCCUCCUUUUCAUCAUACUGCAUAGAGAAUUAGUUUUGGUGUGUGAGUGUGUGUGUGCCUGCCACUCUCCUCCCUCUCUCUCCCUCUCUCUCUCUCUCUCUCUCCUCAUCCUGAUCACACAGCUUUGAUUCUCUGGCUCUCAGUAAACAGCUGAGACUCCCACCUUUUUUUUCUCCCUUUCCUUUGGACAAGAGACAGCAGUUCGUGUUUGGAGCUACAAUCUGCAGGGUCUGAGAGUGGCGUGCACCUGUACCCCCCAUUAGCAGGUGUGACAGUUUGAAAUCUGCCCAGUAGGUGGGACUUGGUGACUUUAGCACCCAUUUUUUCAUUCUCCCCCAUCUUCUAUUGCAUUCCUCAGAAGUCUUGUAGAUCUCCUGGAAAAAAAAUAAAAAAUAAAAAUAAAUCAACAAUCUGGAAUCAACAAGACAGCAGCAGCACCAGGCACCAUGCAUCUCUGUGGGCUGAAAGCAGUGUGCGUCUAAGCCAUUUCAGGAUGACUUUAGCUGCAAGAGGAUUUUGCAUCUGAUUGCUUAUCAAGAGAAAAGGCUGAGAUAUCUCCUCAUCUUGGUUUCCUUCCCCUUUUUACCCCCCCCCCCUUUUUUUGGGGUCUAAAACAUCUGUCUGAAAUGGAUAUGUCUCCGCGCCCUACAAAGUGCAGCUUUUGGAGGAUUUUCUUACUAUGGAGCAUUCUACUGGACUAUAUGGGUUCGAUUAUGGCUUGCCCUGUGAAUUGUGUGUGCAGCAAAAUUGAAAUUCUCUGUAACAAAGUGGACAGUGGGAGCAUAUUCCCCCUCAUGGAAAUGCAGGAGACAGCUAAUGCAACCACAAGCCUAAACAUCACUGACCUCUCCAAGAACAUCAUUUCAAUACACAUAGAAAACUGGAGGGCAUUACAGCUUUUGAAUGUAGUGGACAUGGAACUUUACACUGAAAUCCAAAGCCUAACAAUCAUGAACUCCGGACUGAGAAGCAUACAGCCACGGGCGUUUUCUAAGAAUCCACAUUUGCACUACAUAAAUCUUUCUGGAAAUCGAUUGACAACAUUGUCUUGGCAGCUUUUCCAACAUCUGGAGCUUAGUAAAUUGAUAAUAGAAAACAACCAGUUCAUCUGCAGCUGUGAAAUCCGAUGGAUACAGAUUGCUUAUAUGAAAAACGAGGCCAGCUUGAGGGAGCAGAGCCUGUUCUGUACGAUGAGAGGCCACAACAUUUCCCUUCAUAGAAUGGACAUCUCACAUUGUGACAUCCCGGGGGUCAGUGUCAGUCACAGUAGUUUGGAGGUACAUGAAGGGGACAAUGCUGUGGUUACCUGUAAUGGUUCGGGGUCACCCUUACCGGAUGUUGACUGGACCGUGUCACACCUCCAUUCAAUCAGCACACAUCAGACUAAUGUCAACUGGACCAAUGUGCAUUCCAUUAACCUGACCCUAGUCAAUGUCUCUGGAGAGGACAACGGCUCCAACGUAACCUGCAUUGCAGAAAAUGUGGUGGGGAUGACUAAAACUACCGUGUCGCUCACCAUCUACUAUCCUCCUCGGAUACUGAGUUUAAGAGAGCCAGUGGUUCAUCUGGAGCAUUGCAUUGAAUUUACUGUUCGUGGGAACCCGUACCCAGUCCUAACCUGGUAUCAUAACAACCAGCCUCUACGACCGGUGGAUUUCAUACGUCAAGAGGUUUAUAAGCAGGACACGUCCAUGGAAGGCUGCCUAUUGUUUAAUAAACCUACACAUUAUUACAAUGGAAACUAUACACUGAUUGCUAAAAAUAAGUUUGGAAUUGCUACACAAACAGUUUAUGCACAUUUUUUGGAGCAGCCAUAUCCUGAAAAUACUGAUUAUUUUGUUUCAGUAGCAGAUCUUGGAAUAAGUCCCACGCCUCCAAUCAGCGUGACUCAUAAACCAGAAGAGGACACUUUUGGCGUUUCCAUAGCAGUUGGCCUUGCCGCUUUCGCAUGUGUUCUGUUAGUUGUCCUGUUUAUUGUCAUCAACAAAUAUGGAAGACGAUCAAAAUUUGGAAUGAAAGGUCCUGUUGCUGUGAUUAGUGGAGAAGAAGAUUCCGCCAGUCCCCUCCAUCAUAUAAACCAUGGCAUCACAACACCCAACUCUUUGGAUGCUGGUCCAGACACAGUCGUCAUUGGAAUGACUCGGAUCCCUGUUAUUGAAAAUCCACAGUAUUUCCGUCAAGGCCACAAUUGUCACAAGCCAGACACGUGUUUCAGAGAAUAUAUGUUGAACACAAUAAGCCUUCCCGGACACCCCAAACCUCUUAACCAAGGCAUUUAUGUUCACGACGUCGGUGUUUAUUUCAGCAAAGGACGCCACGUCUUUUAAGCCUCUAAAGCCUCCUUGUUUAUGUUGUCAAGUUUAGGCUGUUCUCUCAAAAUGUGAAGGGAGGCACAGAAAACUUUUGGAUCAAGGUUUCACAAGACUGCACUAGUCCUCUGUUGUAAACUUUUAACUACGACAGAAAGGUAUUUCUGUCGAAAGAUAAAUGUUGCUUUAACUACAGUAGCUACUGCUUUCAAAAUUAUCCAGACAUGCAACAGCAGCAGGAGCAGCAACUUAUAAUAAAACAAAGGAGACAGACUCGAAAGGAGCCAUCUUUAUAAUAAACACUAGUUGUAUUUGUUUAAAAAAAAGAAAAACAAACAAAAAAAACCUUAGUCGUGUUUUUCCUGUUUGGAAUCUGUGUUUGAGUUUUCUGUGAUCCUGUGACUUCACAUCACCUUAUUAAUGAUGUAAUCACCCUUUGGAAUGGCAACCUAAAGAGAUCUCAUAAAGCAGGGCUUUGUAUGUUAUGGAAGUCUCUAAAUAAUGAAGACUGGUAAGAAAGGGGCAUUGUAGGUUUCUGCAACUGUACAAGCGACACAAUGAGAAGUGAAAUCUUACUUUUUUACCAGGAGAAAAUUGUAAUUAUUUUUCAAUGAAAUGUUUUACAAAUCUUUUGUGCGUCAGAAUUUUUAUUAUUUGUAUUAUUUUCUUUUUUAGGGGUAAAAUGCGAUGGGGAGGGGGGACAACAUGUGAGGUACAAAUUAUAGAGUCACAAAAAGCAAUAUUUGCUUUGUUUAAAUUGGUGUUUUUUUUUAGGAAAUCAUACAUGAGAUUUCACUCAGCUGUGUUCACCCUGUAGGAUUAGGAAUACAUCAUAAUCUUGAGAAAAAAAACAGAAGGUGGCAUUGGAAAGAGGACCUUAUUUAUAAAAUGAUGAGAGAUGCAGAAAUGUUCUUGGGAUGACUAGACAAACAUGAAGCUGUAGUGUGGUUCCAUUGGUCACCUCUUCAUGGUAGAGAAGGGUGAAUAUAGCAGAGUUUGUCCAUGUAUAUCUACAUUAAGAGCUAAAACAAACCUAUAUCAUAUAGAGGUCAUCCUAAAGCAUCAUGUACACAGCUCUGCCAUAUGCAUGGGACCAGUAUAGUGACACAUGGUUUUAUGCUAUGGAGCCAUAGACUUCACAUGUGCUAUUGUUUAAUGCUUCCACAUGACACCAUAUUAUGGAGGUAUAUGUCCCCACCAUAUCUCUUAUAAUAUGGCAUCUGAUGGAGCCUGCCACUGCCUACAUAUGAAAUAAUCAUAUGGAGGUAUAGGAUGGACCCAAAUCUGAACUUGUACUGGGUCGUAAUAAGGUUGUGUGCGUGAGGCCUUAUGCUGUCAUAAGCUUAGGGCACCUAAACAGCAAACUACUGCUGCAUACACUUCAUUUUUAUUCAGUGUUUUGUCAUGCACUUUGUCUAAGAUACAUAUUUUUUGCUUCAUCGAACCGCAUAGCAAUCUACAAUCCCUGUAACAGUAUCAGAGGCUCUAUUAAUAGAUAAAAGUAUCAUUUGUGUCAUAUCAUUUCCAUAGAUUUUUAUUGCAUUAAUUGCCAUAAAGUAUCUGCUAAACUGCGUCUUUUCCGUGUCAUAGUGAACUUAGCAUAUAUAGUAUAAAGCAGGAUCAGACUUACGGCUCCCUAGGUACAUCAGUCUGAAAAUACCCCUAUAAUCUAAAAGUAAGAGUGCAAAAAUACAAGCCUGCGUUCCCUUGAACCAUUGUGCCUGAAAAUGUGUCUGUUUGUAUGUACACUUAGAGAUAUUACUACACAUCAGACAAAAGCUAUGUUUUGUAUGAUAAUAUAACCCAAAUAGAAUUAUCCCAGAUAAUAUGAAAAAAAACGGUAGUAGAGAAAUCUUUUGCUCAUAUUACACAUUACAUUUUUGAAAAAAUCAGCAGAUAUUUAUAAAAAAUGAAUUCAAAAUAUUCCGUUUUAAAUUUUGAACUGUGCCAAAUUCCACUUGUUAUAUUUUAUAGACCAGUCAUAUUAUGUUAGCGAGGUUUGUGGUUAACUUAUAUCAACUUAAGGUCAAAUGUCAUGGGUCCUAUAAAAUAUUGGUUUGUAUACAGGGCAUCAUAAAUACAAUACACAAAAAUAAGGUUGGAGAUUGGCAUACCCUUAGAAUACCUAGAACUGCCCCAAAAUGCUAGAACUGCCCCCAUAACACCCAUUUUUGGCAAGAUUUGCAGAAAUCCCAUUCCUUUUGUGGCCUGGUUCCCAGGAUUGCCCUGCCAAAAAUUGGGACUUCUGGCAAAUAUGGGUUAGUCGAAGACAAAAGUAUACUGGUAAUGUGCAUUAAGUUUUCUGGCCAAAUAACCUGACUUGUAUCAAAUUGGUUCAUGAAACAUGCUUAUAAUUGGAGAUAAGCAAAUCGACUUGGCAAAAAUUGAAUUUAUUAGAAUCCAAACUUUUUGUAAUUAAUUUCAGAUUUGUUUUGUCCUGAUAAAAAUCAGAAUCAGAACCCAAAUCUAGAAUGAAUCUGUCAGAUUUGUUGAAUCGGACUUAAAAUCUUUAUUCAUGAUGUUACAGCUGUUUCUUCUCCAUGUUCACCUUUAAGUGAAAUAUACAGCUCCCUACUUUGUAAACAGGAACAUGAAGAAACCCCAUUUUUUUGUAUUGUAUACUUUAUAAUGCAUAUGUCAUAAUGCACUAUAUACAAAGCAUGUAAAGUAUAUAAAGGACCCCAUGACUGCUCUGCUUUAAUGAAGUACAUAGCUUAAAUAUUUGGCUAUGUUUAUUAAUGUUAAGAUCUACCUUUGUUCAACAUUGGCUAUAUGUAGUCAGCACAUGUACAAGCUAUCAUGUCUUUAAUACAUUUUUAAGUAAUUUGCUGCUGUUUGCACAUGGUUUAGUGUUAAAGGGGUACUCCGUAAGGAAACUUUAUUUUUUUUAAAUCAUCUGGUGCCAGAAAGUUAAACAGAUUUAUAAAUUA